AUGAUCCGGGCGGCGGGGACGCCCCACAGCUCUGCCCUGGCUCCCCGCGGGGCUGGCGAGGGGCUGAACGAAUCCACAAUCCAGCCGGUGGGGACACCCCGCAGCUCUGCCCCGGCUCCCCGCAGCUCUGCCCUGGCGCUGAAUGAAUCCACGAUCCAGCCGGUGGGGACGCCCCACAGCUCUGCCCCGGCUCCCCGCGGGGCCGGCGAGGGGCUGAACGAAUCCACGAUCCGGCCGGCAGGGACGCCCCACAGCUCUGCCCUGGCUCCCCACGGGGCCGGCGAGGGGCUGAUCGAAUCCACGAUCCGGCCGGCAGGGACGCCCCACAGCUGUGCCCCAGCGCCCCAGCCGGGGAUCGGCGCCCCAGCGAGACCGGCCGGGCCCCCGGCCCCCGGGCGGCAGUACGCCUGUCCCGAGUGCGGCCGGGCCUUCGGGCAGAGCUCCCACCUGACGCAGCACCUGCGGAUCCACACGGGCGAGCGGCCCUACGUCUGCCCCGACUGCGGCCGGGCCUUCAGCGCCAGCUCCAACUUCCUGGCGCACCGGCGCACCCACACGGGCGAGAAGCCCUACGACUGCUCCGUGUGCGGGCGCAGCUCGCGCCAGCUCCACCCUGCAGCGGCACCGGCGCCUGCACGCGGCGCGCCCCUACCGCUGCGGGCACUGCGGCCGCGCCUUCUCCCAGAGCUCCUCGCUGGCCAAGCACCGGCGCCUGCACACGGGCGAGCGCCCCUACCGCUGCGGCCAGUGCGGGGAGGCCUUCGCCGUGCAGUCGGGGCUGGCCGCCCACCGGAGCCGGCACACGGCGGCGCCCGCCGCCUGCCCGACUGCGGCAAGGGCUUCCGGCGCAGCUCCGACCUGGUGCAGCACCAGCGCGCCCACACCGGGGAGCGGCCCUUCCGCUGCGGCCAGUGCGGCGCCGGCUUCAACCUGGCCUCCACCCUGGUCAACCACCAGCGCAGCCACACCGGGGAGCGGCCCUACCGCUGCCAGCGCUGCGGGGCCAGCUUCGCCCGCAGCUCCACCCUGGCACGCCACCGGCGGAGCCACGGGCCCGAGGGCUCCGGGCGGCAGGAGGCAGAGCCCGGCCCCCAGAAUCAGGGCUCCUGCCCCCUGCCCCAGCAGGGCCCCCUGGGUCACAGCUCAGAGCUCCUCUCUGGCCAGGACACCCUCACCCAGCAGGGCCCCCUGCGUCACGGGUCAGCUCCUGCCCCCCGGCAGCCCCCCACGGGUCACAGGUCAGAGCCUGCCCCCCGGGAACCCCCCACGGGUCAUGGGUCAGCUCCUGCCCCCCGGCAGCCCCCCACGGGUCACGAGUCAGAUCCUGCCCCCCCGGACCCCCCCCCGGGUCAUGGGUCAGAGCCUGCCCCCCGGCAGCCCCCAACGGGUCACGAGUCAGAUCCUGGCCCCCAGGAACCCCCCACGGGUCAUGGGUCAGAGCCUGCCCCCCGGCAGCCCCCCACGGGUCACGAGUCAGAUUCUGCCCCCCAGGAACCCCCCACGGGUCAUGGGUCAGAGCCUGCCCCCCGGCAGCCCCCAACGGGUCACGAGUCAGAUCCUGCCCCCCAGGAACCCCCCACGGGUCAUGGGUCAGAGCCUGCCCCCCGGCAGCCCCCAGCGGGUCAGGGGUCAGAGCCUGCCCCCCAUCAGGGUCCCCUGAGCCAGGGCCCCAUGGGUCACAGGUCAGAUCCUGCCCCGCAGCAGAACCCCCUGAGUCAGGGCACCAUAGAUCAGGGCCCGGCCCCCCAGCCGGGCACUCUGGGUCAGGGGUCAGAGCCUGCCCCCCAGGAGGCCCCCCCGGCUCGGCCCCCCACCCCCCAGCCGGGCGAGCGCCCCUACCCGUGCCUGGUGUGCGGGAAGCGGUUCUCCCGCAGCUCCAACCUGGUGGCCCACCAGCGGAUCCACGCGGGCGACAAGCCCUUCCGGUGCCCGGAGUGCGGGCGCGGCUUCCUGCGCGGCUCCAACCUGCGGACGCACCGGCGCCUGCACACGGGCGAGCGCCCCUACCCCUGCCCCGAGUGUGGCAAGCGCUUCGGCGACACCUCCGUGCUGGUCAAGCACCAGCGCAUCCACACGGGCGAGCGCCCGCACCGCUGCCCCGACUGCCCCCGCCGCUUCAGCCAGGCCUCGGACCUGGUGGCCCACCGGCGGGUGCACACGGGCGAGAAGCCCUACGUCUGCGCCGAGUGCGGGCGCGGCUUCAGCCGCAGCUCCAACCUGCUGACGCACCGGCGGCUGCACCGCGGCGAGCGCCCCUACCCCUGCCCCCAGUGCGGCAAGAGCUUCGGCCAGAGCUCCGACCUGCUGCAGCACCAGCGCACCCACACGGGCGAGCGCCCCUUCGCCUGCGCCCAGUGCGGCAAGGCCUUCAGCAAGGGCUCCACCCUCACCGGGCACCAGCGCAUCCACACGGGCGAGCGGCCCUUCGCCUGCCCUGCCUGCUGCAAGCGCUUCCGGCACAGCUCCCACCUGACGGCCCACCUGCGGGUGCACGCGCGGGCGCGGCCGCUGUGAGCUGGAGCCCCGCC